AUGGUGUUCCACCUGAGCGAAGUCGGACCAAUCGCCGACAUCAAACAGAACGUCAAAGAGGUCAAGGCGCAUGUCGCCAAAUUCUCCAAGCCAGAUCCCUAUCUGGCAAUCCGGACGCUGGUCAUCACUGCUGUGCUCUACGCCGGCUUCUACGCCGCCUUCCCCUACUACUCCAAGAAUUGGACCCUGUGGUCGCUCGCCGUUUUCAUGAGGGCGGGCCUGAACGUUCGCAUCUUCAUCAUCUUCCACGACUGCUGCCAUGGAAACUUCUUCAAGAGCAACCUGGCCAACAUGCUAGUGGGGAGGCUGACUGGAUCUCUGCAGUUCACUUCGUGGACGGGAUGGGGCAAAGUGCACAACACAGACCACCACAUUCACUAUGGCAAAGAUGACCAUGCUUUGGUGGAGUGGGGAGCAACUGUGAUCUGGACCAAGCAGGAGUGGGACUCGUACUCUCUGCCCAGGAAGAUUUUCCUGCGAAUUGCCAAAGACCCGGUCCUCUUCUUUGCCUUCAUCCCACCCUUCAUCUUCCUCCUCACGGGCGUGCACAACAACAAGAUGCCCAUAGGAUUCAAAAUCUACGCUGGCUAUGCCAUGUUCGGGAAGAGCUACCUUUGGUUUGAGCUCGCAUUCAACGCACUGGGGAGCAUUUUCGGGUUCAUCCUUUUCCACUGGCAGCACUAUGCCAAUGUCCCCAACAUGUACUUUGGUAUCCCCAAGGACGACCACGAGCGCGACCUGGCAUCACUCAUGGGCUCAACCUUCCAGUACGUACCUGAGUGGUACAAGUGGGCGACCUUCGGCAUCGAGUAUCACCACAUCCACCAUUUCUCCACCAAGGUCCCCUCCUACCAGCUGCGCCCCUGCCACGACACCGCCCCGCCAGGCAUGUGGCGUUACAUCAAGUACCUGGACUUCAAGACUGAGCUGCAGUCUCUGCUGCUGGUCAUGUGGAAUCCUGAGAAGCACCGCUUUGAGUCUUUCCCUGAGCUGAACUGGCUUCUGGGUUUCAAGGACAUCGACACUCCAGCCGUCUCUUUGAAGAUUGCCAAGGAGGAGUGA